AUGGCUUUAGCGUUAUCGCUAGCUCUUCCGUCAUCCGCCAAAACGGCAUGGAGCCAUCACCCAUGCGUCGCGAACCGAGUUGCUGGAAAAUCUCGUUCGUCGUUCACGGCGCCGCUCGUUAAUACGAGAAUCCGCCGCUACCCGUUAAAUACACGCCCGUGCUUUCGCGUCUCCGCCUCUUCCGCUAACAACGAUGGCGGUCCUUCUGCGGAAACUUCCUCGGUCCCUUCCGCAUCUCCCACCACAGCUGACUCGAAUGACGUCACCUCGACAUCAGCAGGUCGCGAUACCGAGUCUGGCAAAGAGACGCAACGACAGUCAACUGCCACGUCAUCAGCCGGCCGGUCCCGCCGCGUCGUGGAUUCGACGGACUGGAUAGCUUCGGCAGUGACGCGUAGGUUCGGCAUCGGCGCGGGGCUGGCGUGGGUGGGGUUCCUGGCGUUCGGCGUGGUGUCGGAGCAGAUUAAGACGCGCCGCGAGGUCUUUCUGGAAGAGAGCAACACGCGGGAUGUUGAGGAUGCCGAGGAGACAGAGCUCCCCAAUGGAGUCCGAUUCACCGAUCUGAGAGUGGGAGGCGGCGCCAUCCCUCAGAAGGGAGACCUGGUGCUCGUCUCCCUUACAGGCCGCGUCUCGUUACCAGCACAAUCCGACACUACUGAACCUGAAGCAAUCACAUUUAUCGACACUACAGCGCCCGGGGCACGGGACCUGGUGUUUUCGUUUGGCGUGCGGCCGUUUCCCAAAGGGGUCACGGAGGGGCUUGUGUCGGCAAUGGCGACGAUGCGGGCGGGUGGGAGGAGAAAAGUUUUGGUGCCCGCGGAUCUGGGGGACCGACAGGGCAGCGGCGGUGAUAUGUUUACAGGUGGAGGAGGAGAGGGUGGUGCUGCUGGUGGGGCAAUUCUAGAAUAUGUUGUGGAGCUGAAACGCGUGUCCAUUCCGCCUUCGUAG